UAGUUCAUUAGACAGGAGGGGACAACAACGCCCACAUGUCCAAAGUAGACUAUUUGGAAAUUACGCGCGCUGUCCUUGCACAACCAAAGGACCUAAACAUAUAAUUCACUUUACAAUUGCAGUACUUUGAAGCCUGACAUCCGCAAUGACGUUAAACUUUUUUUGUUGCAAAAUGAAUAAAACAUUUGGCACAUUGAUUGACAAGGUCUUAUUCAAAUAAAACUUCUAGUCAAAGCGUGCACACUUUUUUCGAGCCCUGCAUGGGAGGCGUGGAGCUCUCACUUUUGACAUUCUCUCUCUCUGCAGUAGCUUCUCCUCAAGGCAGACUAGCGAACUCUUAUGACAUCACCCAGCCACCGAAUGGGGGAAGAAGGGAACAGCUCUCUGCGGAUGAACGAUGUUUUAAUAGAAGUGGACGUGUUUGGGCAUAUCAAUUGAAUUCGUGCAAGGGAAAAGUUUUUAAAGUUGUUCAAAUCUUCAAAAAGAUUCCGUGGGAAUACUUUGCUUUGAAAACAGCGGAGUUACCCAUAGCCUACUUCGCCGAAAGGUCCCUGAAUUGGCUACCAACGAAUGUUAGAGGCGAAAUGUAAAACUAUAACUAUUGUAGCGUAUGUUCCUGCGCAUUGUGUCUAGUCUCCUGCUUUCUGGAAUAGAGCACAAAGGAAGCAGAGGAGAGACGGCUUUUCUCGACUUCAUUUCUCGCCUAUGGACGACAGCGGUCCCCUCUCUCCAAAGGCAAAUGCUUUCAGUAUAGCCUCUCUGAUUUCAGCUGCAGAGCAAGCAGGAAACGCAACAUUUGACAAACACGGCACUGGCCUGGACAAGCAACACCAGCACGACUGUUACAGUUCAUUGAAAAUGCACUACAGCACUGUCACCAGGGAAAUGGAAGCGAUAUCCAGUCCGUGGCUGACGCAGCUGUCCCAUUUUUGCGAUGUUGCAGCCUUCACUACUAGCAGCCUAAGCAGCCUCAACACGUCAGGAAGUUACCAUCUCUCCCCGUCCCCCGGGGACCCCUACAGCCAACAUGAAACCCACUUUGAGCCCUGCCCGGCCGCUCAACACAGCUACAACUACUCGGGGUCGAACCCGGCCCAGGCCCAGCACAGCGACACCGGGACUUCCAACUGUUCCUCCUCCAGCUCCACGCCGAACAGCAAGUCUCUGGUGAAAAAGAACCCUAAGGUGGCCAACAUUAACGUUCAGUUGGAGAUGAAAGCUUUAUGGGAUGAAUUUAAUCAGCUGGGAACAGAGAUGAUCGUUACCAAGGCUGGAAGGCGAAUGUUUCCUACGUUUCAAGUGAAAAUAUUUGGAAUGGAUCCUAUGGCAGACUACAUGCUGCUAAUGGAUUUCUUACCAGUCGACGACAAAAGAUACAGGUAUGCUUUCCACAGCUCCUCGUGGCUGGUGGCGGGUAAAGCUGACCCUGCUACUCCGGGGAGAGUUCACUACCACCCCGACUCUCCAGCCAAGGGCGCACAGUGGAUGAAGCAGAUAGUCUCAUUCGAUAAACUAAAACUCACUAACAAUUUACUGGAUGACAAUGGACAUAUCAUUCUAAACUCAAUGCACAGAUACCAGCCAAGGUUCCACGUCGUCUAUGUGGACCCACGCAAAGACAGCGAGAAGUAUGCGGAGGAGAAUUAUAAGACCUUUGUUUUUGAGGAAACACGGUUCACGGCGGUAACAGCAUACCAAAACCACAGGAUCACGCAGCUGAAAAUCGCCAGUAAUCCUUUUGCAAAGGGCUUCAGGGACUGUGAUCCAGAGGACUGGCCCAGGAAUCACAGGCCAGGCUCUCUGCCAAUUAUGAGUGCCUUUGCAAGAACAAGGAACCCAAUGUCGUCUCCCCCACAGCAGAACUCAGAAAAAGAGGACAGUAGGCGGGACUACGACCGGGACCCCAGUGGUACGCCGAUGCACGCCGACCCCGCCCACCAGCUGAUGUCACGCGUCCUCAGCCCCGCUCUCCCCAUCCCAGGAGGCCUCCACGCCGUCUCCCUCACCAGCGGCCGGCCCAGCCCUCCCCACGAUUUGCGUACCCCGGACGGCCACCCGCUGGCCCCAGACACCCUGCAUCACCACCCCUACAAGUACCCCACAUCCUACGAACACUACCUGGGGGCUAAGACCCGGCCAGCGCCGUACCCUUUACCCGGCCUCAGAGGACACACGUACCACCACCACAUGAACCCAGCCACAGCUAACAUGUACUCUGCCACCAGCGCCCCCUCUAACUAUGACUACGGGCCAAGAUAAUGAAUAUAUAGCUGUAGCCGGCAGCCGCUGCCCAUGGCCGACACACCUGGGCCACCGCUACUAGCUAGCUAACGCUGUGGAAAAGCAAACACACAGGAGGGGAGGGACAACACAACUCUGUCUUCAUGGCUGAUGCAAUGUCAAGCGAGUGGGGAGAUUGCGCGGUGCGCCCCUGUUGCUGGAUACCCUCCACCCCUCAGAGAGAGACAAAAACUUCCGUAUUUAUUUUAGGGAAACGUAUCUUGGCAGGAAGUACAGACUGCCUUCUGAGCCCAAGCAGGGGUCUGUCUUGACCUCUGAACGUUGACAGCAAUAGCUCUAUAUGAGGGUACCUUUUUCCUGUGUGGUAGAGCGAAGCAGACAGUGAGCCCUCUCUUAAAACAUGGAUGACGCAUUACCACGGACUGGAAAUUAUUAUUUUUUGUGUUGGAUGCACUUUGUUUUUUUUUUGCUUUCAAAAAAGCCAUAUGUUAUAUAGUCAAUCAAGCUUCCAUAAAUAUACAAAGAUAUUUGCAUGUUGAGCUCAUCAGAUAGGUGUUAAAAUGCCUUUGAAAUUUUGUUUUUUUGUUCGAGAAAAAAAAAAUGGAUUUGAUUUUUUAACCAUCCUGAGAUACAGCCCUGAGAAGCUUGUACCACGGCACUGACUUGCAGCAAUUCUAAGUAAAUAAAUACAGCAUGACUGUUCUGUAACUGUAAAAUAAACAUCACAUUCUUAACUUUUAA